AUGCGACAUAGUGUUUAAUUAGAGAUGAACAAACCAUUAAAAUAUCCUUCUAAUGAUGUAUGUUGGCCCUCGUUCUAAUCAUGCAAUAUCAGCUCUUUAUCAAUUUGCAUUCAUCCUGAUAACAAUAAUCAUAUAUCGCUUAGUAAAUUUAGUGAUUUUGAAACUGAGAACACUCAUGUUCCAAAAAAUUUAGAAAAACUUUGUUCCUAUCACAAUCACAUUAAACAAUAUACUCAAAAAUCUUUUCUCCUUUACUAUGAAAAAUUUUGGUAUUCCAAAAUUAUUUCAUCCAACAUCAUUAGCCUUUCAAUCCUUAUUUUUAAUUUCUAUUUACCUUACUUUCAUUUUCAGAACUCUAUGUAAUUAGUUAAUUAUAAUUCUAGAGAAUCAAAUUCAUAAUAUUUUCCAAUUCUCCUAUUUCUAUUUAUUUUAGAAUUAUUCAUUCAAUCCAUUAAACUACUUACUUAAUUUCUAAAAGAGAAACCAUUCUCUUUUUAAUUACUCAAUAUUGUAAUCUUAAUUAUUUACAUACUUAAUCUCAAAAUAAAUGAUAUUUUUAUCUUUACUAUUUUAAACUUCCUUUUAUUCUCAAGAAAUUUUAAAAUUAUUUAAAAAAUGCUAAGUUUAAUCCUAUUUAUUAAUUAUUAGUAAUACAUUUAUUUUAUAAAAUAGGUAAAUUUAAAUUAUAAAAAUUAUUAUUGUUGUAUUUUUUUAGAUACAUUACUUUGCUUGCAUCUGGGGACUAGAAUUAAAAAAUAUCAAUUAAGAAGAUUUUAAUUACUCAGAGAAUUUCUACAAAUCUUUUUUAAUGCUUUUUUUUGAAAUUGAUCAAUUAGACAAUAAAAAUCAAUUAUUAAUAAUAACACAUUUAAUUACUAACAUAAUCAUAAUUAUAUUUGUAUUUACAAAUUAUUUUUAAUCACAAUAACAAAUUUACAAACAUGAAAUUACUUUUAAUAAUUUUAAGUUAUUCAUGAAAUCAAACAUGUUAGGAUUAAAAGUUAAACUUGUUCUAUAUCAUUAUUCAUUAUUAUUUUUAACAGUAGAAAAUUAAUUGAGUUUAGAUAAUGAUACAAAGAAAAAGAAGUUGUUAGAGUAUAUUAAAAUGAAUUUGAUAAAAUAGGAACUGAAACAUUUUAAUUUUCUAUCUUAAACUACAAUCAACGAAAUUAGUUAAAAAGGAGUAUUGAGCUAAAAUUCUAAAUAAAAAGUAAUUAAAUUAAUUAUGUAAAGUACUUUUCAACUGAGAUAAAUGGAUUAUUUAUUAUAAUUGCUGGAAAAGUAAAUAUAGAAUUUAUGGGAUUCAAUCUUAAUUUUGAUAAUCGAAAGAUCAUCAAUUAAUGUUUGAUAGAAAUGAUGAAUUCUGAGUCUUAAGAGAAAAUUAGAUUAAAAUAAGGUGAUACAAAUGACAUUUUGUACUUUUAUAUUAAUUACCAAGAAUUUAAUAAUUGUUUAAAAAAAUAGAUAGAGAAAGUAAUUGAUAAGUUAUAAAAAUUAGGAGAAAUUUUAAAUAUUAAGAGAGGAUAUUAUGUUUAAUAAUAAUACUGAGGGAUUGAAUAUUAAAUGCUAUUUUUGUAAUCUGUAUCAUUCAACAUUUAAUUGUGGAUGGCUAAAUGUUAAAAGAAGAUUCAAAUAUGAUACGAGUUAUUAAGAGAGAUGUGCAAAAUUUGUAAGAAGAAAAUGCAAAAAAGUAAAAGCAGGCAUCUAUUAAUAAGUAGUUAGUAAUUAAAAUUUUAGAUAACUAAUUAAGGAACAAGUAAUAAUUAGAUUUUUGAUAUAAGUUCAGAUAGUUUUGAAGCAUUUUCUGAUUAUUCAAGUGAUAAAUAAAGUAUAUCAAAUUAACAACAUCAUUUUGAUUAAAUAGGAAAAUAGAGUUCUAUCAUUUAAAUUCAUAAAGAUAUAUUAUAAAUAGAUAUGAUAUCUGAUAAAAUAACAGAUCCUAUAAUAAGUAGUACUUUGAUUAAGCAUUUGUAAGUACCAGAAACAGUAAUAAAACAUCAUGGAAAUACCUAAGCUGGAUUUUAGGAUUUGGAUUCGAUUAUUGAUAUUGAUAAAUUAUAGGAAUAUGAACAUUAUAAAGUAAGUUACAAUAUACAUAAUGUACUAAAGAUAAUAAAUAAAGAGGAAUCAUGA